AUGACCGAUUGGCGAGAAUUUCGUCCUCAACCAAAACUACUUCAUUCAAAUUUCGAUGGUUAUCGUCUAACGCUUGAUCCCUUAGCACACUAUUCGUUAAAAUUCGAUGCAAACGUGCAUGUUCAAAAAGGUUUCGAAUUGGACAAUGAUUUAUACACAUUCAAUGGAAUCAAAGGCUUCAAAUCGUUAAAUCAACUCUAUAUGAAUAAUAACAAUAUCUAUUUUGUUGAUCAAACACAUUCCAUCCGACAAGUCGAUCUUUCAACAGAUCAAUCUCUCUCACAUUUACAACAACCUUUCAGUGUUUAUCAAUUACCUAAAACCACGAUGAAUACAUCCAUGCUUUUCGUCAAUGAGUCGUUAGUUUUCGUAUGUGAUGGUCGGUCGAAAUUAUUUCUUCUCAACACCACCGCAAACAAAUGGAAACUGUUACAUGAGGAGGAUUUUGAUGAAAGUGUAACAUCGCCGGUAAGACUAAUACAUGCUGUUUGUCGUGAAGGGUACUUACAUGCAGUUCUCGGUUUCAUUCAAACUGAAUGUCAAUUGCUUUGGGUGACCUUUUCGAUUGGCUCAUCCAAUGAAAUACAACUGACAAGGAGAAGAACGUUAAGUGGUAAGAAAUGGCCAGAUUUUGUUGCUUUGGAAUUAAACGGACAAGGACUAUAUAUCGCUGCUGAAGGUUCAUAUAAAUUCGUAUUCGAUUCUCAAAUUGAAGUUAAAGCAGAACAAGUGCCUAAACAACCUGUAAUGGAAAAGAUCGAAUCACCGAUUCAUUAUAUUUGGUCACAAACGUAUACAACAAUUGAAAUUGAGAUCGACUCGAAUAGCAAUGACUCACAACAAUGGUCUGUUAACAUCGAAGCCGAUCGUUUGAAAUGUUCUCUGAACGAUACUGUAUUAAUUGAUGCCAAACUGUAUGAUAAAAUCGAUACAAAAGAAAGUUCGUACACGGUCACAAAGGACAAAACUAAUCAAAUGAAUAUUACUCUUCAUAAAGCAAAUGUUGGACUAUUUUGGAGUGAGACUUUCAAAGAAGGUCAAAGUAUAUCCGGUGACAUUAAAAUGGUCAAUAUUCCUGAAACUACUACUACAGCCGAUGAUGAUGACGAGAUCAAACAACCUUACAACAGUCAACAAUUAGAAGAAUGUGAUCAAUACUCAAAUGAAAACGACACGUAUUUAGUACGGUUCGAUGGUGAUACACAUCGAACAACACAUCAAGCGUUGAUUUGCAAUCAAAUCUUAUUUACAAAAUUAGAUCCACCACUUCUAUGUAUUCGUCAUGAUGUUGAUGGAUUAAUUUGGCAGAUCAAUUCUAUUACAUCUGAUAAUCAAGCACCAUGGAGCCAUGAAGCAACAUUGAAUGCAUUUGGUUAUGUUCAAGCUUCGAAACAGAACCGUAAAUUUCUUUCCACGCCGCCGGAUUAUUCAUACGCGUUAAUUUCUGAUGUUUCGACACAUCUAUAUCUUUAUAAACAGGAGUCGCCAACAUCGAAUCUUCCAGGUUCAUCGUUACGCAAUCGUAAAACGGGAAAACUCGUUGAAAGUGUCGCUAAGCAGCAUAUGAUUUCAUUAGAAAAUCAUAAUGAAAUUCUAGGUCUUCUGACAACUAACGAACGUACAUAUAUAUUGACUGAUGAUCAAUUGUUUAUCAUUGCCAUAUAA